GAAACGCAGUCAAUAUCAAGCUUAGUUAACACUGAAAAGUCAAGGUCUAGCUAGUUGGGGGUGUCAGUACAAGACACCCUCCCCUCCCCCCUGCUUUUCAAAGCUGGCCGCCAGCAAGCCACUAGCAGAUAGGCCAGUCAUUGGGCCAUGUGCCCAGUCUGGCCUUGACGGAGCCCCCUCUGGGUUUAAAGUCGCUGGCUUAGCCUGCGUUAGAAUGAUGUGGUGCCAGAACGAACAAAGGAGGUAAAAACCUAAACAUUUGCUCGAGAGACAAAAAGCUUGGUCAAAUUGAUGCAGAAAAAUAUCUCUGCAAACGUGUCGCUUUCUGGAAGUAAAGCUACAGCAGUCUCCGACGAAGCCGGACAAAGAUAAAUUUGAUAAGAAACUACAUACUGUACCAAGCUCAAUCUCAGGCUCUCUCUCCUUUGUCUAUCUUAUCAUCAAGGAGAGAGACCCUGGUUGAAACAGUUGGUCACGCGGGGUACUUUUCAAGAACAAACUGAUUUAGUUCUUUUUAUAUAAUGUGCCAUGUUAUCAGAAAAUGGAAAAAAAAAAAACAUUUACAAAUACGCUUCCAUGUAAAUUUUCAGGUUUAUAUACUUUCAGAGGGAAUUUUCAUGACCCGUAGUUCCCUAUUCGAUUUUAUCCAACCGCUGUUGGGCUAGCUACUUUACCAAUUGAUAUCAAACUUCAGAAAAAGUUUGUUUUUGAUUGGCAUCGGCGUUACAACAGCAAUGCUCUGUUGACGUCACGUGUUGUAACUCUAUGUCUUGCAAUGUCCUGCAGAAACUUGAUUCGGCUGUAUAAAUGCAUAAAAUUUGAUUGUAAUGUCUUACUAUUAAAAUAUACUCCUAGUAAACACUACAUUAUAUAAAAGUGAAAUGGUUUCUGGCAUUCUAAUUAAAUCUCUUUUUCGGGAAUAUUCAAUAUGGUCUUUCAGUAAAAUAAGAGGCCCAACAAACUCCUCUCCGGUUAACAUACAUGAUAGUCUGGGACAGCUUCUCCAGUCUCGACCCCAGGCUCCCUGUUCCUUUCCUCCCUUGUUUCUUAGGACAAGGAAGGAAAAGAAGAGAGAGUCUAGGAUCGAGUUGCAGUUCUCCCGCCUGUCUCCUAUCUGCUGAAUGCCUGAUUGGCUCACGGUCGUAUCAUCAAGUCACGUGAGGAUGGCAUUCCAUGAGUUGCUGUUUUCUCUUCAGUGUCGAUCAAGGAGUGCCACGAAACAAUUCAGACAAUUACGCAAGAGUCCUGUAAUUUUCACAAAUAUUUGCAAUGGCUACCUCAAGUAACAUGUCCACUUCAGCUACCCCACCAGAUUUCUCAGAACCGUGGAUGUUUAGCGAUGUCGUUCUUGUUGUAGGAGAACAGAAGUUUCACGUCCAUCGCUUUGUUCUUGCCAUGUGGUCUCCGGUGUUCAGGAAGAUGUUUUCGUCAGAAUUCAAAGAAAAGAACUUGUAUGAAAUUCCACUUCCACUCAAAAAGGCAAGUGAGAUCAAGGAGCUUCUUCUGAUUAUUUAUCCCACUGUAUCAGAGAAGGGAUGGAAAACUGUAACGAAUGAAAAUUGUUAUUUCCUGGUUGAGCUCGCUGACGAGUAUCAGAUGGACGCCAUUAAGCAGAGGUGCGAAGAUUUCUUGGUCGAAAAGGUAAAAAAUACGUCCGGAAAUACAUUCCUUAAUGAACUGAGAUUUGCACAGCCUCACAGACUAGCGAAGCUCGUUCAAACCAUAGUCAACAAAGCCGUUCAUGAGCUACGGUUGAAUGAUUUCAAAAGUCAUGAGNUCAUGGUGGCAAGUUUUUUCGGAGUCAAAAACUGGCAUGAGAAAAUUAUGGCGGUCAUUAUUCCACUGAAAACCCUCAAAAAAUAA